AUGGACGAUACGCCAAUCUCGACAGCGGACAGCGACCGCAUGCGGCUCAAACGGCUCUCUGAGGAGGAAGAAAAGCGCGAGCGCAAAGCCAACCUGCUCUUUGACUAUAUCGAGAGCGAAAAGGCCAAAAAUGACAAGAGCAAGCGCAUCAUUCUGGCUGAGAUUGUCAAGCGACAGCACGAGCUGAUCGCGAUCAAGGCUGCCGAACUCGAGGCCAACGUCAAGCAGCGCGAGAUGGAUACCGAGCGAUCCCGGCGGGACGUGCUUGAUAAGAAAGCCCUGCGGAUCGAUAGUAUCUACCGUGUUCUGCCGACGCACCCGCAGAAUCUCCAUCUGCUCCAUGGCAACAUCAAAGCUCAGACAGCGUCGCUGCACCAUCGCCAAGCCAGCGACACCCCGAAACAGUCCGAAAGACGGACCGAUUCCCAGCGAGUCACGACUUCGGUGGCUCCCGAAGCCACAGGGGAUCGCGAUGAGUUGCAGAGCCAGGCCGGAAGCAACCUGAAGACCUUUGCCAGCUCGCUCACGAUGGCGAGCAGCACCGUGGGCCCCAGCUCCCACGGCGGAUCAACGCUGUCGCUGCAGCAAGGAGCCGGUGCAGCAGAAAGGCGGUCCUCGCGUGUGCAGCAACUCAACGCCAUCACCGAAGACCGCUCCGGUCAACGUAAAACGCGGCUCUUUCGAAGCAAGUAUUACCACGAGCAGGCACACGAUCUCAGGACCGUUCGGAGCGAGGCCACUCGGAUGCAUGAUCAAGCAAGAGCGACCUUCAGCUCCCGGUGUCAUCGUCGGCGCCGACUGACUAUCGACAAGGAGGGGCCGCAUGGACAGCUUCUGGAUCUCGAGCCUCGGUGCAUAACGGCAAUAUCGCCGUCUCCGCUGGCAAAGUUCAAGUCCGAGUUUGUCCCUCGAGCAUCGCUUGGAACCAAGCUGGACCAUCAUGGACCCAAGAACAGGGGACGCGGCACGCCUCAGCAGCCGCCCAACGCCGCAGUCCUCGCAGUGUUCCAUACCGAGGCCGCCUUCAGGGCAUUCACGACCAAAUAUCAACGACCCCUCUCGGACCACCGGGAGGAGCACUUGGAGUCGCUGGACUUGAUCCGCUCGGAGGCUCAAAAAAAGAUCGAUGUUCGCAAAGGCAUGAUCACCCGCAUCCAGAGAAACCGGGCGCUCAUCAGCGGAUUCGCUGAGCACCGGGGCAUGAGUCCGUUCCGACAGCAUCUGGCACAUGCGAGCCGGUAUGGCGAGCCGGAGUGCGAGCCCGGUUACGGACACAACGACGACAGCGCCUAUCCCGAUGAAGGUUUUGCUGUUGUCCGGGAGUCCCAGCCGCCAAACGCUUCGCUGAUGACGGAGACCUCGACGGCACGUCCCUCAUUUGCUGCCACAUUUACCCAAAAGAAGCAGUGGGUGUUUGAUCCCAUGGCCGCAUUCGCUGCAGCAGGACCGCAGCUGUCGACGACCGGCCCGCAGCCACCAAUUAUGAGCAACUCUCCUUCGCCGAAUGUCCCUGGUACUCAAGUUGCAUCGGCAAGUGGAACACGGCCACUGACAGGACUGACCAACCAAGGGCAAAGCCAAGGCUCCUCUGAUCCCGAGCUGCUGAGACUUGCUAAAGAGGCUCUGGCAUCCACUCGGCGUGGGUACAUCAAGACUGUGGAGACUGAAGCAAAUGAGCCAAUCGGUGGUCAAGCCCCCUCGGCACACUUUGGCGAGGACUUUGGGGCGACCCAGAAGGAUGCCCAGCCCGAGAUUACCGUUGUGGACGAGAACAGAGAUGAGCUGUUGGAAGCCUCAAAACCCCAGGCUUUGUCGACGUCGGCGCUUCUGGAACCGGUGGCGAGCCCGUUCGAUGUCUCCAAUGCAAGCCACAGGGACACCCACGCCCUGGCCAAUAUCACACACAGCCGAGAAGAGGAGGCCCGUGCGGCACAGUCCGGAUCCGGGUCCGAGCAGGUCUGGAAAUCCCUCGAUUCAUUUUCGGAGGUCUUUGCUGGAUCGGGAACCUCAAAGAGCAACGAUACUGCGCCAACCACCCGGGCGACGACUGCUGCAACUGCAGCCGAGGAGGACCGACGCACACUCCUCAAUCCGCUGGUUCGCCUGGGCUCUAGCAAGGUCUCGUUUACGGGCAUGGGCCCGGGUUCACCCACACAGUCGUUUCGACUGGCGGGGCCAAGGCAGAAGAGGCACUGGCAAGCGCUGGGACCUGAUGCACUUGCCGAGACCCGACGGGUGAUUGCUCCCUCGACGCAGCUGCGAGUGCCGAGCGUCAGCCUAGGGUCGGCGGGCUCGGAUUCGACAUUGGUCUGUGACAGCUACGAUCGAUUCCCGCGCGAGCGCAAGGAUAUUCCUCGAGCGAUGGCGUUCUGGACCGUGGCUGACAGCGACAUGUAA